GCAUGCAAGCCAGGUCGUCUCCAUUCCAAUCCAUCCAUCAGCAUCCACACGCAGCAAGCCAGGAAUUGAAGAACAUAAUUCCCAUCACAAUCUACUGCUGAAGAACCAUACAUAUAUACUGCUGACCGAUCUCCAUGGUUAUACAUAUAUACUGCUGAAGAACCAUACAUACAUAAUUCCCAUCUAGCUACCAUGAGCAGGAUCCACCCUUCCAAUCACCGCGGCGCCGGCGACCAUGGCCGCACGGUGUCGUCUUCUUCAACGGCGACGGCGCCGGAACUGCAGGUGUACACCGUGUGGAAGAGGUCGAGCAUGGGGUUCCAGGGCACGGACGGCUUCUCCGUCUACGACGCCGGCGGGCGGCUCGCCUUCCGCGUCGACAACUACGGCCGCCGCUGCAAGGCCUUCGCCGGAGAAAUCCUCCUCAUGGACGGCCGCGGCUCCCCUCUCCUCUCCCUCAGGCCACAGAUUCUGAGCCUGCACGACCGGUGGAACUGCUACAGAGUUGCUGAUGCGCCGGUGGAAUCAGCGGAAGGCGGCUGCCCGGCACCGGAGAAGAAGCUCUUCUCGAUGAGGAGGUGCUCGGCUCUGCACAGCAGCGACGAGGCAGAGGUCUACAUGUCAUCAUCGUCUCCUUCUUCUCCAGAGUCUUCAUCGUCUGGGAGGCGCCGCUGCCGGUCUCCUCCUCCGCCGAGCUUCAGGAUCGAGGGCAGCUUCUCCAGGAGGAGCUGCAAGAUCACCGGGAGCGACGGCCAGGAGGCGGCACGGAUAUCCAGGAAGAAAGCCGGUCCAACUUCACCGGCAACGGUGGCGACAUUGAGGCCGGUGUCGCUAGGGGACGACGUGUUCAGCCUCGUGGUCCGACCGGGUGUCGAUGCCGCGACGGUCAUGGCGAUGGUCGUCGUCCUGGACAGGAUCUGCCGGAGGCCGUACACGCCCAUGGCGUGCUCUUCCCGGCAGUAGUUAGAGCUAAAGUUCAUGUUGAGAUAGUGAGGCAUUCAAAGGCUUUCAGAUGAUAGUCGAGUAGUUCAUUCUUGACAAUUCUUUGGAUGCUUCACCUCGAAAUUCAGACCAACCAAAUGCAAGCAUCCUUUACAUCUUAGUUCCUUCUUACAGUAUUGUUUAUGAGCUUGAGUUCUUCGCUGCUGACAUUUGUUUCCAUUUUGUAAAUAAUCUUUGGUUGUGUCAGUCAAA